AUGCAAGAGGCAGCAGCACAGGACCCCGUGAACUGCGCUCUCACGGCACUCCAGCUGACAGAAUUGGAUGCGGCAAGCUUCGAGGCGACAUAUCAACUGGUUGUGGAGGCGAGCAAGUCAGGAACCUUCGGUCCCAAUCACAUCUUCUCCGCCGCUCGACACCUCGACGGUCGUGGCUAUCCCCACUGGGCGUUUCCCCUCACCAUCCACGCCAUACGGCUCUUUUCACUCGGCGGACUUCAGGAGAACCACCCCUUGGCGCAUGACGUACUUUGGUCAUGUCUUCUGGCUCACCGCAUCGGUCCCGUGGCGUUGCAGGAGAUAUUGACCCACGUAAUUCGCAACGUGCACUGUCCGACGCUCUUGGCCGACAUUCUGCAUCGGUGUCGAGCUCCUCCAUCGCCUCUUCCACAUCAUCGUGGCGAUGCCUGUCACACUGCCCAUCGCCAUCCUCACCAGCUCAUUGCAGAGUACCACCCACCUCGUUGCCCUACAGACACAUACGUGGCGUGCUAUGCGAGCGCCAAACAAUCCCAGUCCCUCCUGCCUGUAGACGCUCCGCCACUGAAGGCGUUGUUAGAGGCCACGAUCAACGCAUUUGUGGUCACCACACACGCUCGUCUCGCCAACAUAUCACCACGCCAGUACAUCGAGUUUCUCAACUUCUUGACAAGGGCUCGAGACACCUUUGGACUGCUCAAACCGGAUGGACCGUCCCAGUUUCGUCAGCUCGUCAGUUGUCUGUGUCACUCGUACCGCGGGAAAAGGAAACUGGUCGCUCUGCUGAACGAACGCUUCCACAGUUGA